GCUGGCCGCCGGGUGACCGGCUUUGAGGAGCGGGAACCGUGGACAGCAAGAGAGGAGCGAACAGACCCUGCCUUCAGCAGUAGGGGUGCCUCCACCUCCUUGCCUUCAUUCAGACUGUGUCCAGUGAUGAGUGGGAAAUAGCUGGUGAAUCAGACCCGUACCUGGCCUCAGGGAGGGAGUUCAGGGCAUGGUGGGUGAGUUUGGACCUAGGCUCCAACAGCCUAGGGCAGUAAAGAAGCCAUCAAGACACUGGGACCCUUUAGAUGCCUUCCCAGAAAAGGCAACUGCAGCUGCACUCGGCCAACUCCCAGACUGGGGUGAGUGCUGGACAUAGAAAUUAGAACCAUGAGUAGGGCUCAGUCCGUGUUCUUCAGAGAGCUCGUCGGCUGAGGAAAUCCAGUAAGCACUAUUUAGAGGUCUACAGUGUGGGGAAUUGGAGUGACUCAGCUGGAUGUGAUCCUCAGGACAGAAUGGUGUUGGACUCAGGGGCUCAGGUGUAUGAGCGGGCACCCCCAAGCCCACCUGCCAGUCCCCCACCCCAGCGUCAUAGGCUGAAGUCCUCAGAAAGAAAUGGGCUAUCCUUGCACUCCUGGUCUCAGUCCUUGGCUAUGCCCUUGGCUCUGGCAGUCCCCUCGGCUCUACAGCCUCAGCCUGUGUGGCAGACCUUCUCAAAGCUGCACUUGGGCCCGCACACCCACAUGCGUCGCAGUGAGAGCACCCACACUGUAAAUAGUGCUGGCCGGCGGGGGCAUGGCACCCAGAAUCCCGCCCUACUGGGACGAGGACGAGACCCAAGUGGGGGCACCCUGCGUCCUGCAGCCUCCUUGCCUCACAUUGCUAAGACCCGAAGGGAUACAGGCAAUGGUACCAACAAGAGUCCCUGCAUGUUGGUGGCCCUGCGGCCAAUCAACAUGGACCAUGAACGGGAGAAGUUCUUCCAGUCUCGUUAUACCUACAAUCCACAGUUUGAGUACCAGGAACCCAUGCCCACGACUGUGCUGGAAAAGUACCAGGAGGCCUCUGGACAGUUCAUUCAUCAGGCAGUUGGCAUCAUUGAGGCUGUUCUGGAGAAGUUUGGCACCUAUGAACACUUUGAGGCCACUACUGGGGGCCAGCUGCUGACCAAGUGCCAGAUUUGGUCCAUUGUGCGCAGAUACAUGCAGAAGGAGGGCUGCGUUGGGGAGGUUGUGGUGCAGCUGAGUGAGGACCUGCUGUCCCAGGCAGUGAUGAUGGUGGAGAACAGCCGACCCACACUGGCCAUCAACUUGACUGGAGCCCGUCAGUAUUGGCUGGAGGGCAUGCUGCGGCAUGAGAUAGGUACACAUUACUUGCGGGGUGUGAACAAUUCGCGACAGCCUUGGCACAAUGCUGAGGGACGGCUGCAGUAUGGUCUGAAGCCAGCCAACCCCACUGAGGAGGGCCUGGCCAGCCUGCACAGCGUGCUGUUCCGCAAGCAGCCUUUCCUGUGGCGCGCAGCCCUGCUCUACUACACCAUCCACCGGGCUGCGCGCAUGUCCUUCCGCCAGCUCUUCCAGGACCUGGCCCACUAUGUGCAGGACGCUGAUGUGCGCUGGGAGUACUGUGUGCGUGCCAAGCGAGGACAGAAGGAUACCUCUCAGCCAGGCUGUUUCAGCAAGGAUCAGGUGUAUCUGGAUGGCAUCUUGCGCAUUCUGCGGCAUCGCCGGACUAUUGAUUUCCCAAUGCUGACCUCGCUGGGCAAGGUCUCCUAUGAAGAUGUGGACCAUCUGCGGCCCCAUGGAGUGCUAGAUAAUACUCGCGUGCCUCACUUCAUGCAGGACUUGGGACGCUACAGGCAGCAGCUGGAACACAUCAUGGCCACCAACCGGCUGGAUGAAGCAGAGCUAGGUCGCCUGCUGCCCAACUGAGUUUGAUUAAGCACUGCAGGCAGAAGCCCUGGAUAUAGGCCUCACAUUAGCUCCCAGAACAUGAAGCUAUUUUAUGCUUCUGCAGCCUAGGUGUUUCUUGGGGACGUUGGGAGGCCAGGAGCAUCCUGUGAGGAUGAGAGGCAAUAGGUUUUUGUCUCUUGCUAGCCUGUGAACUAAUGGCAGCACGUCAGGCAAACUCCAGGACAGAGAAGGCCUAGGGAUAGGAAGGGAGCUGUGUGUGACUGGGGGUAUGGGGUGGUUUGGGAAUAGAAACUUGCAUGAGAUGGCUCUGGGUGUCUGGUACUCCAGUCUCUCCUUUCCCCUCCUGGCCAAUUGGUGCUCUUUUAGCAUUCAUGUAGUCUACCUCUCACUGGGUCCAGUGGGGGUUGGGAGCCCCUCUGAGGUGACAGCCUGAGCAUGGGGUCCUGGCUUUCACCCAGGCUCGCAGACCCAGCUGGGCUGGGUCUUGCUGUUCCAGUAUUGUGUCUCUCUCACUGGUCAUGGAUUUUCCUCCAUAUAUAUGCGCUUCUACUUCAUGGGGCUGAAAGGCAGCAGCUCCUGAAGGUUCAGUGGAAGGGAGGGACAGGACACUUUUGGAAGAUACCAUUUGUUCUUAGCUUGCCUUUCAUUGUCCACAUAGAGGUGCCCACCCUGGGCUUCAGUCUGUAUAAGCCAGCUUAAGAGCUUCUGACUCUACCCAAGCCCCCUCCACUGAUCUUGGUUGCUCCUGUCUGACACACUCUCACAGCUGGUCCCUGGCAGGGGUUGGUAUAGACUGAGAGCAACCACGAUGAAGCCUGCGGAGCAGCUGGUCCCUGGGUGUGCUGUCCUAAGUCUUCAGCUCCUCUUGGACAGGAAUCCAGAGCUGGCUCAUUGCUCACUUCAGAUUCAGCUGUGAGAAACUGACCCAGUCCCAUUCCUACCCUGGCCUUUAGUCUUCCCAUCUGUGAAGCUUGGAAACAGGUGGAAAGUUCUUGUUCAUUUAGUUAAUAAAUAUGUAUAGAGCCCCUUGUGUGUACCAGUAACUGGCUAGACCCCCUCACUGAGCUCCACUUCAGAGGGAGGCCAAUUAAAACUGCAAUUACAA